AUGAACCAUGGCGUGUUGAGUAUUCGCACAGUAGCAAGUGCCUCAACAACGCCAGUAUCCUCGACAUACCCGUCAGCCUACCUCUUGGAAAACGAAGAUGAAGACUCGACCCAAGGGCAGAAACAAGCGCCCUUCCCUUUCCUGUCCCUCCCCUCCGAACUGCGCAACAAAAUCUACUCCUUCGUCUUCUCGGAGGCUCCUCAGGUUCUUGAUCUGGAUCCCUCGAUCUUCCACCUUUUCCACAAGCAAAAGAUGCUAGCACUGUUCACCGUCUCCCGCCAAAUUCAUCUCGAAGCCACCCAUCACUUCUUCAGCACACAUACCUUCCGCCUCUUUCCCACAUAUCCAGGUCGCUACUUCAAGACCAAGAAGCCCUUGCUGGCCCGGUUGCCUAAGCAUUAUCGCUCUUCAAUUACAAAUUUUGAACUGCGUUUGGGACCGGGGUGGAAUGCUCCACCUCGCGGGUGGGUCGUGAAUGAUGCUUUGGGACUCAAAGAUUGCAUAAAUGUACGAGUAUUAAAGAUAUUCGUGGAGUGCGACCCAAGCGAUGCCAUCUUCAAGGGGUUCCGAGCAAGUGAUGGAUUCUACGAACGCUUCUCGCAGAAUCUCUUGGAUGGCAUCUUGAAGGAGGUGCCGAGUAUCAAGGUGGUGGAAUUUGAUGCUUGGAGCUCGGUCAAGAGAAAUGGCGACAUGAUUGCGGGACUUGGCGAGGUAGUUUCUAGGUAUGAUAAGGUGGUUGGCUGGGGACCAGAAAGAGGUUGGGACCAGGAGCUUGAUCGAGUUUGGCUCGAUGCGGUGCUGGUUCAUGGAGGUGGUAAGUUGAGCAAGAGCCUUGCCGUCUUUGCCUGA